AUGACUACAAUAGAGCCGAGAAGGAAGCCAGAUUCCGACCAUAGGGCUUACCGCCUGAUCCAGCUACCCAAUGGCCUUGACUGUGUCCUGAUUUCCGACCCCGAAACUCAAACUGCAGCAGCUGCCAUGGCAGUUGCUGCUGGACAGCUUCAAGACCCCCCUGAAGUUCAAGGCCUGGCUCAUUUCUGUGAGCACAUGCUCUUCCUUGGCAACAAGAAAUUCCCUGGAGAGUCCGACUUCGACAGCUUCUGUGCGCAGAGUGCUGGUUACUCAAACGCCUGGACGUCUUUGGAUCGCACCGUGUAUCACUUCAUGCUGGCUCAUGACCGCCUGUACGAUGCCCUCGAUCGGUUUUCUGGGUUCUUCUCUGCCCCCCUCUUCCUCGAAGAUCUUACUGAGCGCGAGCUGAAUGCCAUCGACUCGGAGAACAACAAAAAUCUACAAGAAGACUCGAGGAGAGAGUUUCAGCUAUGGCGAUCCUCAAGCAAAGAUGGCCAUCCUGUCCAGCGUUUUGGAACUGGAAACUACAAGACGUUGCAUGACAUGCCUUUGGAAACUGGAACGAAUAUUCGAGAACAUCUUCUUCGAUUCUGGGAACAGAACUACAGCGCUAACAUCAUGAAACUCAGCAUCUUGGGACGCGAAAGCCUCGACACCCUGGAAUCAUGGAGCAGGACCCUUUUCUCGGAUGUCCCCAAUCACAAGAUCGAGCCGCUGAGGGGUGUCUUGAAGGAAGACGAUCCUUUUACCAGCAGCUGGAAAUCUCUCUACCACAUCGUCCCAGUGAAGGAGAGGAGGAAGCUUGUGCUUUACUUCCCGACAGACUCCACGUAUCCAAAUUUCCGCCAGAAACCGACAAGAUUUCUUAGUCAUUGUCUUGGGCACGAGGGUCCAGGAAGUGUGCUCUCGCUUCUGAAGAAGAAAGGAUGGGCAACAGACCUUGGAGCUGGGACUGCAACACAGUCGACUCACUUUGCCUUGUUCGAAGUCUCCAUCAAGUUGACGGAAGAAGGGAUGCCGCAUUAUGAAGAGGUGAUCGACUUGGUGUUCCAAUACAUCAAUUCCUGCCUACGUGCCACCAACAACGACGAGCGGCGAAGAAUCAGGCAUGAGUGCGAGAUGUUGGAGGAACUCAACUUCCGAUUCCGAAAUCGAGUCAGAGAAGAUCAGUUCACUGAGCAGCUUGCGUGCAACUUGACCCGCUACCCACGAGAGGAGGUGUUGUGCGGGCCAGACCUUUUCUACGACCCGCUCGAUUUUGACGCAUUGGACGCAUUGAUCGACAGACAUUUCAAUGCGAAGAAUCUUCGAAUUGACCUGGUGGCUCCCCUUGCCGACCAGCCUCUGGAUGGUGAAACGGAGUGGGCAGAGGAGACAUGGUACAAGACCAAGUACGUCAGACGUGAUAUCUCCCCUGCUCUCAUUGCUCGUUGGUCCGAUCGCUCCAUCCCGUGCCACCCUGAAUUGCACCUUCCCCGCGCCAACCCCUACACACCGGAGCAGUGGGAGCUCAAGGGAGACCUUCAGUGCUCUACCGCUCCUACCAAGGUGAUCGACACAGACACAGUGCAAGCAUGGCAUGUGCUGGACACCACCUUCGGAGUUCCCAAGGCUUCUGUCAGGAUUCAGAUCAGUUCGUUUGUCGGAGAGAAGUGUGCGAGGAAAGCAGUGUCUCUCAGGAUGUUGUUGGAGUUGAUCCAAGAGGUCACCAACGAAGAGGCAUACGACGCAGAGGAGGCGGGGCUGGUGUUCGAUAUAUCUAACACGUCUGCCUCUUCUCCGUGCACUGGUCUCAGGCUGUCGUUCAAGGGUUAUGAUCACAAGAUGCCGGUCCUCGUCUCCAACAUGUUGUCCUGCAUCGCCAACUUCAAAGUCAAGGACCAUGAGAGCGUGUUCGAGCUUGUGAAGCAGAAGACGAUUGUAGACUACAGGAAUAGAAGGUUCCAGCAGUCGUACUUCCACUGCGUCACUGCGACCAAUCAAGUCUUGGAGCAUCCCUUCUGGAGCAACGAGGAAAGGCUGAGGGAGCUGGAGACUUUGACAGGGGUUGAAGUUCAAGAUUUCCUCAAAGAAUUCUUGGAUAAUCUGCUGAUUGAAGCGUUCAUAGUCGGGAACUUCUCAGCGGAAGAAGCAGUGAAGAUGAUAACGGAGUCACUCUCCCCGCUGCAGCCCAAGGCCCUGGAGGGAGAUAGCAAGCCUUGUCUCUGCAUCACUCAGAUCCCCGAAGGAGAGACUUGGGUGCAUGAGGAGCUGGGCCCCGACCCGGAUGCGGUCGACAGCGCGAUCUCAGUGUACUAUCAGAUCGGGGAGAGGACCGUCGACAUCGACGUACGUCUCGAGCUCCUCUGCCAAGUCAUGGACAAGGAGAUGUACGCGCAGCUGAGGACGGUAGAGCAGCUGGGGUACAUAGUGGCCGCGGUGGAGACCAAGAAGUGGGGAGUUUGCGGGUUGAAGUGUCUGGUGCAGUCGGUUCAGUGCCCUCAGCAUUUGGAAGUUCGCAUGGAAAACUUCUUCAUGUGCUUCGAGAAGAAGCUCCAAGAGAUGCCGGGCGAGGAAUAUGCGGACCAUGUCGAGAGUUUGAUCACCAAGAAACAAGAGAGGGACAGGAGCGUCGACAGGAUGUGCGAGCGCCUGAUGACGGAACUUUGCGCGCACACUUUUGUGUUCGAUAGGAAGGAGAAGGAAGUAGCCGCGUUGAGAGCUGUCACGAAGGAGAGUUUGAUUGAGUUCUUCCGCAAGUACUUCUCCGUUCACAGAGCUGCAGUAGAUGCUUGCAAGGCUGAGGGCAAGGAGGUGCACCUUUCUGCUGAGAGCAAGGGAACGAUCAGACGCUAUGCUCCUGGCUCCAACCCUUACCCGGCGCCAGACAUGGGACAGGCGAGUCGAGGAUGGGGGGCAGCGGAACAGUUCGUGUCCGAGGACGUCUCGGCUCUGCGGCAGUCGGCCUCACGCUUGAGGGUGCAGAAGUGA